AUGAUGUCAUCUAAUACAGCCACUACCAUCACCACCACCAUCAGUAGUAAUAUGUCACCCUUUAGCAUAGACAGAAACAACAAUCACAAUGUGCAAACAAAACAAACUGUCAAGGGAGCAUCGUCACCACCGCCACUGCCACCACCAUUACUGAACCAUCAUCCCCACUCAGUCACCACAAAACAACAACAACAACAACAAUCGCCUCCACCAGUCCAACAAACACAAUCCUUUACGAGUUUACGUCGUUCAUCACCAAUACCAAAAGAUUUGAAAAUACUCUGCAUAAACUUCAAUCAAGAUCAAGGAUGUUUUGCCGUUGGUCACGAAUUGGGAUUUCUUGUGUACAACACGGAACCUAUAGAACUACGGGUAAAACGGAACUUCGGCAAUACGCCCUCAAGAUACAACUUGAAUGUUGCUGCCACCACCACUGCAUCCAACACAACAAGCGUAACCUCUUCCGGAUCCGGAUCUGGUAUCGGUCACAUCACGAUGUUGCAUCGAACCAAUUAUUUGGCACUUGUUGGUGGUGGAAUCAAUCCUCGUUUUCCUACCAAUAAGUUAGUUAUAUGGGAUGAUUUGAAACGCAAAAAUAGUUUAUCGUUGGAGUUCAAUAAACCGGUGCUCAAUGUACUUUUAUCAAGGAUCAAAAUUGUUGUCAUUCUAAUUGAUGAGAUUAUCGUGUAUUCAUUUGCAUCGCCACCAAAGAAGUUGAUUAGUUUUGAAACUUCUCGUAAUGAAUUUGGCAAUGCUGAUAUGUCAGUAACAAUUGCAUCUACAGCAUCACAAAGAAAGCCACGCGCCUAUUCAGAUUCAUACCCUCAUGAUCAGUCACAGCCUGGAACAGCAGCUGCUUCUGCGCCACGAGGAAGUCAUGGAUCUGUGUCAAGUACAGGAUCAGCAAGUAGUAAUGUAUCAGUGGCCAGUGGGACUUCCCUCACUAGCAUCUUGGGACACAACAGCAACAACAACAACAACACCCAUCAACCUAGCACCAUUCUUGUAUUCCCUGGUAAAGCCAUGGGGCAAAUUCAAAUUGUUGAUCUUGCUCAACAACAACCUGGAUCUUCAAUGAAUAUAGUGAAGGCUCACAAAUCAACUAUACGAAACUUGUGUAUAAACAAAACGGGGACCAUGGUUGCGAGUGCAUCAGUAUUGGGCACUAUAAUCCGCAUUCAUUCUACAUUGACCACCAAUUUACUUUAUGAAUUUCGUCGUGGAAUCGAUAAGGCAGAUAUAACAUCGAUGAAGUUUAGUCAUGACGAUUCCAAACUUGCAGUGUUGUCUGAUAAAUAUACCCUUCAUAUAUUCAACCUACAAGAAGAAGAAGAAAAGGACAACGAAUCACAACAAGAGUUACUGCAGGAUAAUCUGAAACAUCUAGAUCAUCAUCUGGAGAAUAAACAACAUGCAUUAAACAAAUUCAUUAGUUUUCUUCCAUCAUCAUUUAUCCCCCAAUAUUUCAAAAGCACGUGGAGUUAUUGUAGCGUUAACACCAACAAGUAUCAUCAUCAAGAACUGGAGUUGGAUAAAGGUACAUUGGGAUGGGUUGGCGAUGAUGAGGUUGUCAUUAUUUGGCAAAAGAAGAAAAUAUGGGAGAAAUACACCAUUAUGAAGAAGAUGAAACUAGACAAACAUGGAGGAGGUGGUGGUAGUGGUGGAAAUGUGGCGGAACUGGCUGAGUAUGAAAUUGUCAGAACUAGUUGGAAGUCACUUGAUAGCGAGUGA